ACGGGGUCGCUACGCGGUCGCUACGGGGUCGCUACGGGGUCGCUACGGGGUCGCUACUGGGUCGCUACGGGGUCGCUACUGGGUCGCUACUGGGUCGCUACGGGGUCGCUACGGGGUCGCUACUGGGUCGCUACGGGGUCGCUACGGGGUCGCUACGGGGUCGCUACGGGGUCGCUACUGGGUCGCUACGGGGUCGCUACGGGGUCGCUACGGGGUCGCUACGGGGUCGCUACGGGGUCGCUACGGGGCUCAGGAGUAACU